AUAUAACUUUAUAAAUCCAUUAAAAUGGUUAAACUUGGUCCAGUAUUCCUUAUAGCAACAGCAACUAUUGUUGUGUUUUGUUUUGGAUUACUCUGUUUUCUCAUGAGGAGUGUUAAUCCGAAACCGAUUCCAGAAAACGCUAGGAGAUACAGCUCACAAGUAAUACCGUUUACGGAAGAACUGCAGCAGAAUGGUAAUUUGGACUAUGGUUUGGAAAAGCUUCCAGCAAAUGUUACUGUGCAUGUAAAACCUUCCACCGAGAGUAAUAUCCAAUCCUUUUCGUCUGAUAAUGCUAUAAUAUCCGUACCUGUAGGGCCAAACAUUAGGAAUAACACUCAUGUCAAAGAUAAUAUAACAUCAGAAAAUGAAACAACUGACAUGGAUUCUAUUCUCUCAAACAUAAAGGGACAAAGAAGAUCAAUUAAAUACGACGACGAGUAUCUUAAUUUAAUCAAAAUUCCUAGUUCGUUAAUUUUAAACCUCAGAGAUUAUGCUGGACCAAAAAUUGUUAUCAAUUUAAGCCCUGAAAGCAUUAAUAAAAGAGGAAGAAAAAGAAGUUAUAGUCAGGAAAAGGUUUACAACAAAACAGUCAUCGUUAUAGAAGUCGAUGAAUCUAUUCUUCUUAAUGUAAUAUCGAAUACAGUAGAUGGGAAUACAUUUGAUGAAGAGCAACCUAAUAUGACAAAAGACGAGCUAUCGUUUGAAAAUAUGACCUUCAAUCAUCUAACUGAAAAUCGAAUGGAUGAUUUAAUUAAUAGUACAACUUUACCAGAAGAUAAUAACAUUACUAAUGAUGCAAGUUCUUUCAGUACGACUAUGUUUGCUAGUGACCUAUCCGAAACCAUUUAUGUCAUUGAGAAUGAUCCUACAUUCAAUGCCAUUGAGAAAGUUACUUUUAAAGAUACACCAGAACCUAUAUCAAGUUCUUUAGAGUUAGAUAAAACAACUACGGUAUAA